AUGGAGGCGCCGUUCCAGCCCAGGCGGUUCGCCGUCAAGUUCAACCCGCCAAGGUUCCUCCUCGAGUACUCCGACGGGGUCAAAACCAGGGUCCGCUCGGUUGGAAUCGACGUCCCGGAAGGCAUGGACGUCGAUACGUUGGCGACGGGAGUCAUCGACACGUUCCCGCGCAGGCUGGACAGACGCAAGGUGCGGCUCUCGCAGGUCACGCGACUGGUGCGACGACUGGUGGAUCACGUGAGGGGCAUCGGGGACCCCGCCGACGCGAACGGGUUCGGAGAGGACGUGGAUCUCAACCUCGUCUCGCCCCAAGCGCUGGCCGCGGCGAAGGUUAGGAUGGACGAGGGGUUUCGGAAGACGCAGAAGCUGCCGGGGGACGAGGGGUUCGUGUACGACGUGCGCAAGGAGUUCAACCCGACGGAGCCAAACGAUUGGGACGAAUCAGACGAAGACGACGGAGACGGCGCGAUGAACGCGGAUGGCAUCUACGGGGACGAUGACGACGCGCACGUGGACAUGCUGCCGUAG